AUGCGAUGGAUUACUGGUCCUGCUGUCACCACUGAUCCAAAGUUCCAUGAGGCGCUACCCAUCAUAGUUGAAACGUUGAGGUGCACCAUUUCUGAAAUUGACUGUGGGCACUCUGUGUGUGUUUCUGGUAACGGACUAUGUGAUGGUAUUUUGGACUGCAUCGACGGAAGAGAUGAAACCAACUGCGCAAGGUGUGAGGGUCGUUGUUUCUUAGAUGGACCCAGGGGUGGAUGCUGGUGCGAUGAUGCGUGUGAAUAUUACAGAGAUUGUUGCUCUGACUUUCUUGCCGAAUGCAAGGCCUUCCUCAACUUCACUACUGCGCCACCAGCCGUUGACGAAUGCAAUCCAAUUUUGCCGUCACAUAACUGUGACGUUAACGCAAUCUGUACUGACACGCCGUCGAGUUUCAUAUGCACCUGCACUUCAGGAUUUGUAGGAGAUGGUACAACUUGUGCAGAAGACAGGACUAUUGCGAUAUUGAAGGUCCAACCUAAAAUUAGAGCUAUAAUUCCUCAAUUCAUACUUAAAUCUUUUUUUUUGGCAGAUGUGCAGUCUCCAAACAUCACUUGUCCCGCCGACCUGACAGUUUACACUAACUGUCGCAAGAACUAUUCAAGAGUCUUGCUACCCGAGGCAGAUUCUGUCUUUGACAACUCGGGUGUCUUCUACGUUACAAUUGAUGUAGAUGGCUCUGCCUACGAUGUUUUUGACAGUGUCAACCUUGAUCUGUCGUCGUCACCGCAUUUAGUGCACUACAAUGCAACCGACGAAGCGUUUAAUUUUGCGCAGUGUGAAAUGCACAUCACAGUUGCUGCGCUUCCAGAUGCAUCGUUCUGCACAUCAACUGCUAAUCCUCCGAACUGCAUCUGUCUGCCUGCCAUGGGACAAGGCUGCACUUGCUCGUCUGCUUACUGUGGACACGAUUGUUCUCAGUCGUCAGAGGGUGUUCAGUGCACCGGUCCGGCUAUGCCGUUCCCAAACUGCACAGAUGUUGAUGUGUGCGAUCCAGGACACUCGGGUCCACGCUGUACCUCCAAUGACGACAAAGUUCAGUGUCCCGAGAUUGAGAACAAGUGUCUUGAAGAGGGAGUCUCGGAUGUUUUUCUCAGUUGGAUACUUUCUGAGGAAAUAAACCCUGCUGACAUCGACUGCAUAGAUUUCGCUGGGAACAAAUCCAGUGUGAAUGCUACAGGGGGAGUGUUUGGUACAGGACAUCACGAUGUGGUGUGCGUUUCAAAAACCGGUGCCUUUCCGGAGUGCCUCAUUUCUUUCAUCGUUUCAGCAUACCCAAUCCUCACAGUACCAACAGUCGGUGAUCAGUGCACGGAUCCAGGCAUGGACACAUCUACAGUGACAUGGACCGAGGUUCAUGCCAUGGACGCUGGUGAAGUCUCCAUCGAUUGCACAGAUUCUGGUGAUGGCGUCGGUGUCGGUAUUACAGGAGGUGUAUUUGGAUUGGGAUACCAUGCCAUCACCUGUAUUGUUACCAAUUCUGCUGGAUGUGUGACACUCAAGGACUUCACUCUCACCGUCAAUAAGGGAAGCCUGCUACCAUUUGGCACAGCGAGUGGGGAUGCCCUACUGUCAGAUGUACCCCAGAAGCUCUUUCUGUCAAGUAAGGAUUUGAUAUCACCUACCAUCUACCCGCCGGAUUUCUUUCCUAUCUGUGAUGGAAUGUACGAGAAACUGUAUUUCACUGAUAAUGGUGUGAUUGUCCUUUCGAAUGAGCAAAGUCUCGACAAACUCGCAUUUCCAAGUGCGCCAAGUAAAGCCUUUACUGGCAACAAGGCAAUGAUAACUCCAUUUUGGGCCGAUGUCAAAGGCGAUGCUUUCAGCCCAACCAGUAAUGUUUUCUGGCAGGUUUACAAUCAGUAUGUGGAAAACGUCAACCAGGACAUGUUGGAUAUCAUCAGUGCUACUGUGUCAACAAAAUCCAGCAAUUUUUCAGCCAACUGGGCACUUGUUGUCACUUGGAGCAAUGUUCGAGCAAUUUCAUUAUCUCGUGUAGGCACGGCAAACAAGAAAACAAACACAUUCCAAGCCGUGCUGGCGACGGAUGGCAUCCAUGGCUUUGUGAUAUUCAAUUACGAUCCUUGCGGCCUGAAUUGGGACUUCAGUUUUUUAUCGAACAAAAAUGUCAUCCAGGGCUUUACCUGCGGAACGUCUAAUGAUUCACCUGUCUACGUGGUCAACCCAAACGAAUCAGAGUACCUCCCCGGUACCAUCGAAGGAAAUACAGGUCAGGCAGGACGUUGGGUGUUCCCCCUCAACACACCAAGACCGGACUUCAUCAAUCCCCGCCAACAAUGUCACAACUGGCACAGCCACCAGCCACCUUACCAUUCACUUGGUAUCUAUUUGGAUGCCUUCGCUGAUACGUGCCCCUGCAGCCUUGUCAAUGCCGUGUUGGACUGGCGAUACAUACCAGUCCCAGCCUAUGAUCUGCCUCAAGAACUACCUGCUGUUUGUUACGUGCGUCUCUUUCAAUUUCCUGGGACGCCAGGCCCUCAGUGUUGCUACAAUAUAUUCACCUGUGAUCUCCUGUAUAAUGUGAGGACUCCUAGGGUUUCUUCUGUCUUUGAGAGGUUCCCGUUCAGUCCAAUAUUCUAUACGGAUGAUUUGUACCAACAGUGGUUAGAUGAAGAGGUGUGGCCUCGCUUUUAUUGCUGUGAACGAUCAACGCUUUGCCAUCUGUAUAUACAAUGGCGGCCUCUGAUGACUUGCUGGUCGUAUGUUCCUCCUGCCUGGUUGUGGUUUUGGGGAGACCCCCAUAUCGUUACACUUGACGGACUGGAGUACACCUUCAACGGUUUGGGGGAAUACACGCUAGCACUCAUCGAAGAUGACGAUGGACAAAGGAUGUUUGAACUGCAGGGUCGCACACGACAGGCCGUGGAUACUGAGACAGGGGAACUAAGUCAGGCCACUAUCUACUCUGGAUUCGCUGCGGUGUACACAGGAGAAGCAAGGAUUGAGAUCAAGUUGAGUGAUGAUGCCAUGGAUUUGGUAACGACUAUCAAUGCGACCGUUGUCACACCCAGUGCUACAGGAUUGCACUUAGGAAAUCUUUCGGUAACGAGGGCGGAGAACCCAGUCAAAGUGAGCGUCAUGUAUUCUGAGUACGUCAGUUUUUCUGUCAGGGUGAACAAUAGCAUGGCCGACAUGACCGUCCUUAUCAACCAGGACUUCAAAGGCAAAACUAAAGGAAUUUUAGGUGUGUGGGAUGACGACCAAAGCAAUGAUGUUUUGACGCGUAAUGGCACUCUGCAAACAGGCUCUGGAGACAGCGGAGAACUGGUGGAGAGGGACUUCUUUGAAUUUGGCGAAACAUGGCGAAUCGCAGAGGAAGACUCUCUGUUCUUCUACCAGUCUCCUGAUGAAAGCUACAACUCCUUGAAUGAACCUACUUUCACUCCAGACUUCCUGCAAGAUUUGAUUGACAAGGCACCGCCGGGCAAAUACAACGAGGCUAAGGCGGUCUGCGGGUCAAGCAAAGUGUGUCUGUAUGAUUCCUUGGCUCUGAAUGACACAAGCAUCGGUAUGGCUACAUUAGUACUCGACGAGAUGAACACCAUUAAUAUGGCAAUGUCAACGACCCACCAAUCCACUGACCCACCAACCAAACGACCCAAACCCAAACGACCCACCAACCCACUGACCCACCGACCCCCAACACAAACGACCCACCAACCCAACGACCUACCAACCCAAACCCACCUACCCAACGACCCCCAACCUAAACGACCCACCAACCCACUGACCCACCAACCCUACGACCCCCAACCCAAACGACCCACCAACGCAACGACAGGCCAACCCAACGACCCCCAACCCAAACGACCCACCAACGCAACGACCCACCAACCCAAACGACCCACCAAGCCACAGACCCACCAACCCAACGACCCACACAUGCACCCAACGGCCCCCAAAACACAGUGA